GUCUUGUUUUGAAUCUACACCAGCUGUAGACAACUAAAUGGCCCCCCUUACAGCUCAAAAAGCAUAUCUCAAUGCCAAGGGCAAAGGCAAAAGAAAAGCGGGCGAUAUCGAUGUCGACGAUGAUGAUGUUCAGCAACCCAAACAGAAGAGAAACAAGCAACGCGUCUUACUACUCUCCUCUCGGGGUAUCACCCAUCGCAUGAGACAUCUCAUGAACGAUCUUGAGACUUUGCUACCUCAUGUAAAGAAAGAUUCCAAACUUGAUUCCAAGUCACAGUUGCAUCUCCUGCCUGAGAUAGCAGACCUGAACAAUUGCAAUAACACGCUUUACUUCGAGGCAAGGAGACAUGAAGACUUAUACAUGUGGGCUACGAAAACACCAAAUGGGCCUAGCAUAAAAUUACACGUUCAAAACGUGCAUACAAUGGAUGAGCUGAAGAUGACAGGAAAUUGUCUAAAAGGAAGCAGAGGAAUUCUCAGCUUUGACAGAGCGUUUGAUGAAACAGAGUGGGGAAAGCUUACCAAAGAGGUUUUCACGCAUAUCUUUGGUGUUCCCCCACUGGCUCGGAAAGCCAAACCGUUUAUCGACCACGUUUUAACCUUUUCUAUCCUCGAUAAUAAAAUCUGGUUCCGGAAUUUCCAGAUAAUGGAAAAGGAUCCGUUGCAGCCUAACGGCCCACCUCAGACAUCUCUCGUGGAGAUUGGCCCCCGAUUUGUACUGACGCCCAUCCGUAUUUUUGAAGGAGCAUUUGGUGGCGCCACCGUUUAUUCCAAUCCUGAAUUUGUUACGCCUGCUUCCGUGCGCUCAGCAGUCAGGCAUGCCAGAGGUGACAAAUACCGUCAACGGAAAGAAGCUCAGGAGGAGACAUCAAAGAGAAAAGUGCUUCGUAAGAGAGAUGAAGAUGCACUGGCAGUAUCCAAGGUGUUUGCGUAGAUGCCUACACGUGUCAUCAACGCGCAAUCGUACCGAGCGGUAAGCACACCAACUUGGCGUGCUUAUACGGUAUCUGUGGGCGAUUAUCUACGUGCUUUUGUAGCGUUACACACGUUUUAUCGCCUUAGCGAUGCAUGUAUGCCAUCUGCUCAUUGAUGCGACAGACGCAUCAAGAUCUUUCUGCUCCUGCUGCUUUUGGAGCAUUGUCUUUAUACGGCUUGCUUUGUGCUCUCUAGCGCUCUGGAAGUAGCGCUUCUCCAUUAAUAUUCAAGAGGUUGCACAGCCACCAAGACUACGUUUGCUUUUGUGCGC